GACGACGACGACGACGACGGCGACAACAACAACAACGACGACCCUCCACAAGGCCGAUCCGUUCGCCACUCGCCGGCCAUGUCGUCCGAAAUGGAGUUCGACCGCACCAAGAACCCCGAGCUCUUCUCGUCGGAAACGAGAAGGGGCGAGAUAAUUGCCGUCAAUGUGACGCUGCUCGCCUUCGUGACCAUCAUCGUCGCCCUGCGCUUCUACACGCGCACCGUGAUCCUCCACACCCUUGGGCUGGACGACUGGCUCGUCCUCCUGAGCCUAAUAAUCCUUGCCGCCCUAGUUAGCAAUGAGUUUGUCCUCGAAAGCAGGGGCCUUGGCCACCACAUUGGGACUCUCCCGAUUGGUGGUUUCAAGGAGUAUCUCAAGGCCUUCUACGUCAGCAUCCAGCUCUAUAACCUCGCCAUUGCUACCAUCAAGUUCGCCUUCCUCGCUCAGUACCACCGCAUCAUGACGGUUCAGAGCAUGAGGAGGGACGUCCGCAUCGUGAGCACCAUCGUGGGCUGCUGGUCCGUGUCGCAGAUCAUCGUGGGCUUGGUGCCAUGCAAUCCCAUCUCGGGCUUCUGGGAACUGACCGAGGACACCGUCUGUCUCCCUGAGCUGCCGACAUGGUACGCCAACGCCAUCGGCAACAUCAUUGCCGACAUCAUGAUCAUCGUGUUGCCUCUGCCCAUGAUCAGGCGCCUCAAGCUGCCUCGCACGCAAAAGCUCGUGUUGGGGGGAAUCUUCUGCCUUGGAUUCUUCACCUGCGGCAUCAGCGCGAGCCGCAUUCGGUUCCUCGGCAACCCCGUCGACACCACCUGGGAGAACCUGGACGCCGAGUUCUGGUCUCUCGCCGAGAUCUGCAGCGGCAUCGUGUGUGCCGUGCUGCCCACCCUGCGGCCCCUGGCCGGCCGGUGUUUCCCCCGGUACUUUGGCUCGCGCAGCAACCGCUCCUACUUCCUCAGCCAGGCAACGGACGCCACGUGGCAGCAAAAGUCCUUUGGCGGUACCGGCGGGUUCGGCGGUGGCGACCGCAAGCCGUCGGCGGCGGCGCGCGCGUCGCGCCGGGCGCCCGACCACGACGACGAGGAGAUGAUGUGGCCGCACACAGAGGAGAGCAAGCCGGAGCAGAGCAGCACCUUUGAGGCCCGGGACGACGACUUUGUCGAGAUGCACGGCUCCCCCGCCGCGCCCGCCGCCGCCCAGUCGCCGCCCGCCUACCCACAGACCGCACACACCAGGGCCCCGGCCACAAAGAUCGCCGGAGGGGCGGGCGGUGGCGGCGGCAACGACGAGCGUAACUCUACUCAUUCUACCGUCCUCAAGGCGCCGCCGCGCAAAAAGAGCCUGACGGGCGAGACGACCACGCCGUUGCAGAUUGCUGUUCCUCGGGAUACCUACAUAGAGUCCGUGGAGGAGAACCCUAAGCCCAUAUGAUUUUCAAUCCAAACUUCCAUUCGUUACUCUCAAA